UGCGGUACAAUCAUUCGCAAAGUGAUAAUCGAAAAAAAAGAGCGCCACGCGUGAGAGAGGGCCACCUGUCUCCUGAAUUGAAGCGGCUCUCGCUGCUGGUAUAUACAGCGUCACUUGCUGCGUUGGAACUGCUAUUAGCGAAUAAACCGCGAAUCAAGUCGGACGUGAGUAGAAAGUCACCACUGUGGGUGAAAGUGCGCAAAAAUGGUCGUACCAAUUCCAGAAACGAAGGACGUGUAUGGAAACAAAAAGAGGAUACGGAUCGAAAACAAUCAGAACAAUCUGCAAAUCAUCGGAAAUCAAAACCGGAUACUAGUGAGAGCUAACGAAGGCACGCUGAAUGUGAUCGGUAAUCUGAACAACGUGAAGAUUAUGUGUAAUCGUGGAAAAAUCAACUACAUCGGCAACGAAGGAUCAAUCUAUCUGAGUGAUCAGAGCAAAUCGAUGAAGGUGAACUAUACGGGAAACAAUGCCAAAAUCAGGAUCUGCGACCACGAGCAACUGUCGGAUCGAUUCCGGUAGGGUCGGCCGGAUUCACUGCGUGUUCCAAACAAAAACGUAGAAGACUGUAGUGAUCAACAAUGCGCAGAAACGAUAGUUCAAGUGAAAAGUAAUAGCACCAAUUACAUGACUUAGAUGGAAUGACUUAGUAAAUUAUUUAUUUAUGGUAGUGAAAAAACUAUACCUGCAUAUGAUUCAUAGCAAGAUACUGCGGACUACUCAGAAGUCUAGUUAAUGAAGUUAUAUUUUACUCUGUUCUGUUCCUGCAAUGCCGAAAAACGGCAAACAUAAAAGACUGAUAUUUAUUUAGAGUAUUUGUUUCCAACGAAUGGGAAGUUUUUUGAACAAAUAAAUGAAAGUAUUAUCUAUUGCCA